AAAAAUAACUAGAAAGAUGGAAAAAUUAGAAAAUACAGUUUGCGAUCUAAUAGACAAAGUGAGUGUGAACAACGUAUCACAGAAAGAAACGCGAUGCUCAGGAGAAGAAUCGACUUGCGAGCAUGAUACAGAAUUACGCAGAGUAAGAAAGAUAAGAAAAGAACAAGCUGAUUUUGUUACAGACCAAGCCAGAAAAAUUAAGGCGUAUCAAAGUGAAAUUGAUCACCAACAAACAAUUAUAAGUUCAAAAAACAGGGAAAUCGAAGAACUAAAUGAAAAGAUUCAAUCAAAGAUGCAAGUAAUAUCCAAACAAGAUGAUGAACUUCACGAUCUUAACACACUGAGGAAGAAAGUGGAGAAACAGGAUUCAGUUAUCAGAUCAAAUAAGAAUGAAAUGGAAGAGCUACAACAAAGAAUAAAAAAUAAAAACCAGUAUUUAGAAGAUAAGGAAGAGGAAAAUUUUGAACUCAAACUCCAGUGCAAAAAAUUAGCACACGAGAAGAAAGACGACACGCCUUACACAGUGGUAACCAGGAAAUCUAACAAUCUAAUAGAAAUAACCAACGAUGAGAAUAGCGAGAAGGAACCAACUGUUAAACUAAUCGGAUCAAGCAUUUUGUCCCAUGUGGAUGGCAAGAGGAUGAGCGGACUUAACGUGUCAGUUGAACAGGCCUAUACAAUUCAACAGGCUAAAGAUUACGUAAAUGGUUCAACUUCAAAACCAGACAUAACAGUGUUCCAGGUGUUAAGUAAUGAUGUCAAAUCAGUACAAUCAGAUGAAAGGAUCAUCAAAUCGAUGGAGGAACUGGUCAAACUCAACGAAACAAAGGCUCCGAACUCGAAGAUUAUAGUGUCCUUACCACCACCACCGAGAAAAGACAACCCAAAAUGGAACCUCCGUCAGAAAUCUAUAGCUAGCCAAUUGGAAGUACUAUUCCACGAUAACGACAACGUCACAUGCUGCCCCAAUGACAAUCUAGGACUGAAUGGCCAACCGAAACCCCAUCUCUACAGAGAUAACGUACAUAUUAACGAACAAGGAACUAGAAUGCUCUGCGGGAAUAUACUUCGCACGGUUAGAAGGUUUUGUAAUCUCUCCCAACCAGCACAUCGUAACAACAAUAACAUGACCAGCAACAAUAACUUUUAUGGAUCUCGGCCAAGAUAUAGGCAACAGUAUCAAAGAUACUAGAUCCGGGGCCUGAUGGUAAUCUAAACUGAUCAUCAGUGACUACACUAGACGAAUUAAACGUUAUUUAGUUAAGAUGUUUCAUUAUUUUGUAAAACUAUGGUAAUUAAGAAUGUAAUCACGAAUUUUACUCAUUCAUUCCGUUUACGGUUUUAAGUCAAGACAUACAUGUAGGGCAUAGUAUCAAAGAUACUAUCGAUAAAGGAACUGUUGAUACUCUAGACUGGUCAGCGAAUUUACGACCAUAAACGGAUUGUUAACUUCUACUCACUCAAGACCAGCGAUAUUAUUGUAUUGUAUUGUAGUAUAAUGUAGUAUUGUAUUGUGUUGUACUAUAUUGUAUUGUAGUAUAAUGUAGUAGUAGUUUCCGAUAUGUAUUCGAUAUGUAAUCAAUAUACUCCAGAUAUGGUUUAAAGCCAGGAUAUACAUGUAGGUCACAAUUUCAAAGACACUUCAGUCAGAUAAAAUGACUGUAUAAUUUAGACGGAUCAGCGACUAAAUAAGUUAUAUAAGACGUUUAAUUAUAUUAUAAAUUCAAGUAAGAAUGUAUAAUACUUCUACGCAUUUAAGACGUUAUCAGCAGAAGUACACUAUAUGCAAUCAUUACAUUAUAUUUUCAGUAUGUCGGGAUGUAAGAUGUAAGAUGUUGAAUGUUAAUUAACAUAUUUACGUAUUAUAAUGAUAUAUAAAAAUACGACCAUUACCACACAUUUAAAUAUCGCUUGCUGGAACGUUCAGGGAAUUGAAAGCAAAGUAAGAAACAAAUUGCACGAUAAUGAUUUUAUCAAAGAAUUAAUAACACAUGAUAUAGUCUGUCUAACCGAAACACAUGGUGAUGAAAAAGACCCGAUAUGUUUUGAUAGAGUUAAGGGCUUCACAUCAUUUUCGGUAAAUAGAG